CUGUAUCUGUCUAUUUAUAUCUAUCACACGUACUGUAUAUAAACCCGCUAAAACCGUUUAAGAAACGACACACGGCUCAAGGCUUCCAAACUUUGCAGUCAACAUAGAACGAUAGGACUUUACCACAUUAUCUUGUACAAAAACAAGAAUAGUAUCUUCUUUUUCAAUCUCCUGAAAAUUCUUUGAAAAAAUUUGGAUAUGGCCGCAAGAAGGAAAAUACCCCCUGAAGUGCAAGCAAUCUUUGAUAAAUACCAAAAGACGAUGGUACGUCGAUUGAACAAAGGAGAUGCCAUCAAAUUGUUUUUGGACGAAUUCGGUCUGAAUGACGAACAAGCAGAAAGCAUGUUUGAAAUGUUCGACAGAGACCAUAACGGCGAGUUGAGCUUAUGGGAGUUCCACCAGUUCUAUACUAUGAUCGGAAACCAUGCUCAAGACAUGUUAACUCUGUUUGAAAAACUUGAAAAGGAUGAGAAAGGACAUAUCCAAAUUGAUGCAGCCUGGGAAGCUAUGAGAACAAUGAACACU